GCAUCCAUGCGAUAAUAAUAAAACUGCUUAAAUAAAAUUGCAUUAAAUCAUGAAGUUCACAUUGCAUUAUUCAUAUGAUGAAUGAAAUGUCUAUCUAAAAAUUCAUCUUUUUCAUUGACACUAUAAAUGUUUUGUACAAAAGUCGUAUGAGGAAGAUAGUGACUAUAAUAAGAAUUGCAUAUAACUGGUAAUAGAAUUUGAAAUGUGUGGUUGUAUCAAUUUCCGGAAUCAGUACCUUUGGGUAAUGAGUUCCCGAGCGAAAUGGAAUUAAUAAAUGAGCUCAGGGGCAGGUGGGUGGUUGGGACGAUGAAGGAAAAAGUGGAAAACAAAAAAUCGUGCCGGAGGCCUGGUGGGGAGGCCCGACUUUGUCAGAAGAAACAAAAAUCGAUUAAAUCACUUCCCUUUUGAACAUCAACGGGGAAACACCGACGAAAACCCGCGCACGGUCUACCGUUAGUUUUGUCAUUUCCGGAAGUGAUUUUUCUCAGUGAUAUAAACUAGUAGACGAUCUAGUGAGUGAACGAUAUCGUUUAAAAAGUUCAUCGACACUCGGAUAUUACGUUCACCGUGGAAUUGGUGAGUUCCUUUAAUUCGCCAUGUUCAAUACUUGUACCCUUUACCCACCCACAAUUUUUAUAUUCUCAUUAUUUAAUACAAAUCACAUGAUUCGUACGAAAUCUCCUGCAUAAUCGAAGAAACAUAGCAAGCGCAAUACGAUUUAACAUAAUUCAGUAUAUUUCUACGAAGAUUUAAUAGUUAUUCUACGAUCAGCGUUCGAAGAAAAUGUUCGAACGAUCUAGAAAACGGUUUGCAAACGAAAAUGCAUAAUGGCGAAACGAAGUGAUUGAAAAACUGUUCCACUUACUUGUCAAAAAUCGAUGCCCGGAGACCACUGCCCAGCCAUCAGAUCACAGAAAAACAUACUUCGAUAUGAACGUUUCACAAUACAAUAUAAAAGAUACUUGCGAAAACACUUUUGCACCAACAUUUUACAAAUUAAUUAGCACCUUUGUAACAAAUCCUCUGGAGCUCUUCCUCGUUCCGGAUCAGUAGUCCAACGGACAAAUCGCAAGUUCGUGCAUCGAUAUAUGGAUCGAUAUUUGAAUUUUCAAGCUCGAUCCUGAGCUGCCGGCGCGGCGCAUGCGUAGAUACAGAAAACAUGGUAACACAAACACUGUAAAAUGCUUCUAUGUGCUUAUACGUGUGUACAUACAGUACGAGUACGGUCUUUUACGCGUUUUGUGUUGUCUCGAAUCGUAAGAAUUUGUGUAAUUUAAAAGAAAUGUCGGUGACAGUGGGACGAAGAAUUCUUACUACCUUUUAUAACAGUCAGUUGAAACGAUUGUCAACUCGCGGUGGAAUAGUUAAAUACAGUUCUGUUACUAAUGACAAGCCGUCUAACCUAAACGAGGAUCGCAAGCCGGUAGACGAUGAAUCGGGUAAAAUUUCUGCGGCUGUUUUGAAGAAAUUCUCCGAGCCGCUCGUCCUCGAAACCCAUGAACCUCCCAAAAGGUUAAAACCAAACGAAGUGAUCGUAGAUGUUCGAUACUGUGCUCUGAAUGAUCAAAAUAUGUUCCUAUCAAACACUAUAAUGGAAUCAAUGAUCAGAUGUAAAUCUUAAACGACUUCUUACUGAUUCACCCUGAAUAUAUAAUUAAUAAAUCCAUCGAACAAAUCCUUUUUAACAUAGAAGUACAUAAAGGAAAUCCAGGAUAUUUGGAAAGUACCAUCAGACGUUAAAUCUCAGCACGCGGUUGCAAUCCUUGACGAUUAUGUUACCGCCCUGAUCGCUCUAGAGAGAAAUGUCAGCAUUCAGGAGGAGGACAUUAUUUUAAUUAACGUUGGCGUCAGCGGCAUUGGCUUAGCCGCCGUCGAUCUCGCAACAAACGUUUACAAAGCUCAGGUAAUUAGCGUUUGCGCCACGGAGGAUGGUGCGUCUCUCGCUCGCGAGAAAGGCGUGCUGGCAUCGUUCAGAUUCAAAGAUCGUAAGUUGCUGAAGCAGCUCGAGGAUCUGGCUGCGGAGAAAGAUAUCAAACACAUUUUCGAGGACGCAGACGGUGAAUAUUUUAAAAACGUAUUGAAUAGUUUCACUGACGUCUAUAAAAGUGACGUGCCUAUCAAAGAUCUGUUUCGCGAUGAUAAUUUUGGGGUCGUGGUACAUCAUCUUUCUCGUGAAGGAAGGGUAAUAAUCGCUGGGUCGACAACAACUAAUGAAGAUAGCGAUUCCGAGGAAACGAAGAGUGGUGUCACUGUCAGUGGAUUCAAUUUGCGAGAGUACAGGAAGAAGAAGCCAGAGACCUAUCGACAAGCUGGGGAUGAUAUUUUAGAAUUUAUGGAGGAGGGCCUCAUUAAUCCAACGGUCGUGUUGACCGUCGGGCUGACGAACGUAAAUGACGCGUUGGAAUUCAUUUUGAAAAAUAAGAAUCCAGGAAAAGUUAUCGUCAAUGUGAAAGAUAGAUAGAUUAUAAAUAAAAAACUGCUGAU